CCGCAAUCAACCAAGGAAUGCGCAGCAGCAAGACUCUUUGGGCCCCGCCGGUGCUUCUCUUAUAGACAGCGUUGAUAAGUGUUAGUUGCAUUGCCUAAAACUAGGUGCUUACACAGCUGCUGCUGCUGCGACCACCGCCAAUCACUGGCAUCAAUCCAUGGAUCGCUAGUUGACGCCAACAGCAGAUGAUACCGUUUAGCCGUGCUGUUCCUGCAUGAGAUGAAGGUCGGACACAGCCACGUGGUCGCGUUGCAGCACGUCCUGGGGGCUAUAUCAUCCGAUGUAUCCCAGGCUCAGUUGAUUCAAGCUGGUGUCUUAGCCCAGGGCGUCUUGGUUGCCGGGGCGAAUCUCUCCCCCGUCGACACUUUCUACCCGCCUGGACUCAAUGUCACUGGGUACAUUACCAGCAGCGGAUUGGGCACAUAUGGAGGCAUCUAUACGGCCCCAGCCAAUAAGGCCUCUCAAGGCUCUCCCUAUGGCGUGUACGACUAUUGCUCCAUGCCGCACCCGCGGGUGAACGGCUAUGAGCUGCCCGGCGAUCGUCAUGCCAAGCUGGUGUACCUGGAGUAUAUGCAGAGGCAUCAGAGACGUACCAUGUACAACCUAGCCCCAGGCGGAGAGAAUCAACCAUUUGAUUGCUCAACAUUUGAGGGCUACUUGUACGGCAGCCAAGCCCACGGUGCUAAUGGCGUUCAAGCCUUUGCGAGCGUGUACACUGACCCGAGCAACCCUUUCGUGGAUGCUCUGCCGUACGUAAAUUCGACUUGCUUUUUCCCUCAGUUGACUACUGGUGGGUUUCUUGAUGGUAUUCAGCACGGCAAAGAUCUUUGGGCUCUGUAUGGUGAGAAGCUUGGCCUCAUACCAAGAUCUCCCAACGAGAAAGUAUGGCUACGUUCUAGCUCUGCUUCUCUUACCCAGCAGAGUGCUGGAGGCGUGUUGCGCGGUCUCUGGCCGCAUUACUCGGGCUCCGUGCCUCUUCACCAGCAAGCAGGCGUCGACACCGUCAACAACGGGUAUCCAUGCAAUGCUAGAGGCUCCAUCCUCUCAUCAAUUCAGUCUACCGAUGAUUGGAAUGAGCAUCUUAGCGUGACAGCCGAGCUGAGGCAAUCGCUGGGAGAUAUCCUCGGUGCCACCAGCAGCGCUUGGCAGAGCACAUUUGAUCACUUUUCCGAUAACUUUCAGGCUCGACUCUGCAAUGGAUAUGAGCUUCCAUGCAGCUUUACUGAUGCGUCCAAAUGUGUUUCUCAAGAACAAGCUGAAGAGGUUUUCCGUGCGGGUGAUUGGGAAUGGAAUCACUACUGGCGCAAUAAUAGCCUAGUGACCAAGUAUAUUCAGGUUACUGAGGGCCUCUUCAUCGGGGAGAUUGUUAGUCGGCUGCAGGCUGUAUUGGGCAAGACGCAGAAAUACGUCUACGCGCACACGUUCAUCCACGACGGAGACAUUGGUCCCAUUUUGGGUGCUCUCGGAAUCGAGCAGCUGAGGUGGCCUGCAAUGGCGUCCAACAUUGCAAUUGAAGUUUGGGAGACGACUGUUCAACAUAAGAGGGCUUACUAUGCUCGUGUGCUAUACUCGGGCCACACAUUGCGCAGUAUUCACGGUAACAUGGAUUGGAUCCCGCUGAACCAGUUGAUUGACAUUCUUCAAACGUAUGUGCCAGAGGAUAUUGUGGCGCUUUGCAAUUCGUAGAUCAUAUAUGUCAUAAUACUCCUGUCAAUAUGCAUCUUAAAGAAUCAAUAAACGGUAUUGACUAUCCGAAAAU